AUGUAUGAUCUCAUUUAUAUGGCUAUUUUGUGGCUGAGUGAAACUGCGAACGAAUCAUCAGUCAGCUCUAGAGUUGGAAUGGUCGGUUUGCAGCCAUACUUUGGAGAAUCCAUAGUCCACGUAGCCGAGUCGGCUACUAGUGCUAAAUUCAGCCAGGCUUUGGUUGAUAAGAUGAUCCACUCCUACCGAUUAAUUCUGGAAGACACAAUAAUUGAUGAAGACGCUACCUUCAAUACCUAUCGGAUAGACUUAUUGUUGGCUGUCGAGCUAUGUAACUGGAUCUCAAAGGAGUUCAUAGCAGACGUUGCUGUUUUGGAAAUUAUGGGGGGUGCAACAUUUGCAAUGCCAGUCGAAGCCAGCUGCCUCAUCCAUAAUGGUGUUGGAAAAGAUUACAUGUACUAUCAUUUUAAAUGA